AUGAAUGAAUUCAUGAAAUGUUGGGUAAAAGCAGUUGGAUAUGGCAGUCUCAUGGGUUUUUUGGCUGCGACCGCUGUCUCUCGGCGUACGACUGCUUUGGUAACACGGCUGAUGAGCUUUGCUAUCGGCUCAACAGUUGGUUACUCGAAUCUCUUUCCAGUAUACCAACGACAACAGUGGGAAAACCUAAUGAAGCAACCGAAUUCGGAGCUUGGGCGUGCUGCAAGGUCACUCGUUUCGCAAUUGCGAAUCGACGCGGAACGCGGCGCAGUCUCUUCACACUCUUUUUGGGUUCAGACAGCAGACCGCACCCCCGAUAUUUCGGCCAGUGAUCCGGCAGCAGCUCGCAAAGCAGCAUCGACCCAUGUGGGGAAAGAAUUCGAACCAAGCUCUGCGCCUCCUGGUGGCUCAGGGAAGCCGUCGGAGGCUGACCGAAGCCCUGCUGUUCAGGGGCAAAACCGCCAUGCCAGGCAAGCAUCUCAGCACGAUCCUGAAACGCGCGUGGAGAAUGGGUCAGAGGCUCACAUUGCUCCUAUUGAAGGGGACUGUGGUGAUGCGUGUGAAGCGCCAAACGAGUGGCGCAUGCCCGACGGCGUGGAGGCUUGGCAACCCGUCAACGUCCCGCAGCAAGCGACAGACAAAAAGGACUCAGAGGCACAACCAACUUCGGCCCCGUCACUGAAAGCACACGUCUUUACUUAUCGAACAUGGGACGAAGUUCGGCGUGAAGCGGUACAGGGUCCGCGUCGGUCUAGCACCUGGGAUGAGCUGCGGGCUGGCCGCCGAGUUCAGCCGUCGUCGACGACUUCUUCGUCCGCGACGGAUCAGCGGUUGUAG